AUGCAUCUCCUCAAGGCCCUCAUCUCUUCUCUUCUCGUCGUCGCUGCCGCUGCCGCUCCCGCCCCCGAGACCAAGGCCAGCGCCCUCGGCCUUCGAGACACCAAACCCCAAGACACGCACUGGAGCAUCGACAAUGGCGCCAGCAGCGAGGGUUCCCUUGAGGAAACCGAAGAUAUCAUCUUUGAAGAGGACGAGGAGGUCGAUGGCGCCAUCGCUGCUCGAUCGGCCCUCGAAGCUCGUGGGUUGACGUGCCUCUUUGGUGGCAACGUGGCCUGCAAAAUCAAGUGUGUUCGUCUCGGACGCCGCAAGGGCGGCUCCUGCAACAAGAAGGGCACUUGCGUUUGCAAGCUCUAA